AGUAUAAGAUGCUAAUUUCCAAAUGUAUCCUGGCUUGUGUAUAGCCUUGGUUAAAUGAUCCAUUGUAUCAGAAAGAUAAAGAAAAAAUAAUCAUAUUUCAGUAAUUCUAUACAUCCUAAAAGGGAAGAUGGCACAUUUAAGUGGUUGAUAAAUUUGAAAAGCUGAUUAAACAUAAUAAUCACCAUGUUGGAGGAAGACAUAAAAAUCGGAGAACAGAUUUUUUUAAUAUUAAAAAUGUGACACGAAAAUUAUACCAUUUUAGAAAGGAAUAUAAAAAGGCAAGAGUUAAAAAUAGUGGGACUAAUAUAAUAGAAAACUAUCCAUGAGGAAGGUCAAAUUCAUUUUCAACAUGUAAAAAGGAUAAAGAGUAGAGGUAUUUUAAAAGAUUCUUAAUGAGACAAAUGUUAAAAUACGGAACCCAAUCUCAGACAAAUACAUAGAAAGGAGUAAGCGCCAACUCUAAUAUGCAUAAGGUAUCCCAUCCUAUAGCAAAUCAGAUAUAUAGGUACACUUGAUGCCGUAAAUUUUUUAAAAAAUUGUCCAUUUUGUUGCGUGUGCACCAUCAAUUUGAGUCAGCACCAGCGACAGCUCUGCAGUCCUCCUAUGUGGUACUGAUCAGGUGGUUGCAGAGCUUCAGCUCACAGCAACACAAUGCAGCUGAGCAGGCAAGCACAGCCCACAGCCAGAAACAGUUCCGACUCUCCAGAACAAGACGACCUUUAAGCUUUAAGUUUCCCGGAGAAAAUGAGAUGCUGAUGUUGAAGACGACACUACGGCUUUGAUGGAAUAUCAGAUAUUGAAAAUGUCUCUCUGCCUGUUCAUCCUUCUGUUUCUCACACCUGGUAUUUUAUGCAUUUGUCCUCUGCAAUGUAUAUGCACAGAAAGGCACAGGCAUGUGGACUGUUCAGGCAGAAACUUGACUACAUUACCAUCUGGACUGCAAGAGAAUAUUAUACAUUUAAACCUGUCUUAUAACCACUUUACUGAUCUGCAUAACCAGUUAACCCAAUAUACCAAUCUGAGGACCCUGGACAUUUCAAACAACAGGCUUGAAAGCCUGCCUGCUCAGUUACCUCGGUCUCUGUGGAACAUGUCUGCUGCUAACAACAACAUUAAACUUCUUGACAAAUCUGAUACUGCUUAUCAGUGGAAUCUUAAAUAUCUGGAUGUUUCUAAGAAUAUGCUGGAAAAGGUUGUCCUCAUUAAAAAUACACUAAGAAGUCUUGAGGUUCUCAACCUCAGUAGUAACAAACUUUGGACAGUUCCAACCAACAUGCCCUUCAAACUACAUAUCGUGGACCUGUCUAAUAAUUCUUUGACACAAAUCCUUCCAGGUACAUUAAUAAACCUGACAAAUCUCACGCAUCUCUACCUGCACAACAAUAAGUUCACAUUCAUUCCAGACCAAUCUUUUGACCAACUCUUUCAGUUGCAAGAGAUAACCCUUUACAAUAACAGGUGGUCAUGUGACCAUAAACAAAACAUUACUUACUUACUGAAGUGGAUGAUGGAAACAAAAGCCCAAGUGAUAGGGACUCCAUGUUCUACCCAAAUAUCAUCUUUAAAGGAACAUAACAUAUAUCCCACACCUCCUGGAUUUACCUCAAGCUUAUUCACUGUAAGUGGGAUGCAGACAGUGGACACCAUUAACUCUCUGAGUGUGGUAACUCAACCCAAAGUGACCAAAAUCCCCAAACAAUAUCGAACAAAGGAAACAACGUUUGGUGCCACUCUAAGCAAAGACACCACCUUUACUAGCACUGAUAAGGCUUUUGUGCCCUAUCCAGAAGAUACAUCCACAGAGACUAUCAAUUCACAUGAAGCAGCAGCUGCAACUCUAACUAUUCAUCUCCAAGAUGGAAUGGUUACAAACACAAGCCUCACUAGCUCAACAAAAUCAUCCCCAACACCCAUGACCCUAAGUAUCACUAGUGGCAUGCCAAAUAAUUUCUCUGAAAUGCCUCAACAAAGCACAACCCUUAAUUUACGGAGGGAAGAGACAACCACAAACGUAAAGACUCAAUUACCUUCUGUGGCAAAUGCUUGGAAAGUAAAUGCUUCAUUUCUCUUAAUGCUCAAUGUUGUGGUCAUGCUGGCUGUCUGAGGGUCUGCAUUUUCUGAAACUCAUGAAAGCACUCCUCCCUGAUGUACAGUUGGGAAAAUAUGUCCAUAUCUAACCAGUGAUUCAAGCUAUAUUAAGUAUUCAAGAAAGCCAGUCUUAACAUUUCUGACUCUGAUGUAAAUGAAGUAACUUGUCUUAAAUAAAAGAAAUGCACAAUGCCUUGGUACUUGCUGCUAUUUUACUGUCUCAAUUAAGUAAACUAAUGAGUUUCUUUUAUAAAAAAAAAGAAAUGUUUUCUUUUUAAGGCUUCAAUUUAUUGCACAAAAUAUAAAGCAUCUAAACUUUAAUAUGUAUUUUAUGUAUGUUUACACUGUCAAACAUCUGGAAAAUAAAAGGUCUAUGCUCA